CCAUGUUACUAGUUACAAUCAUUACUUCGUACCUUAUCAAAUACGCGACCUUGGAAUGUAUCAUUGAUAACAGAACUCCAAAUUAUGAAUUCGAAGAUAAACUUCAUGAGGAUCUUCUGUGUAAUUAUAAAAGUCAUGUACCACCAGAUAAAACUUUAACACAAAUCAGUGUAACAAUUAUUUUAAAAAAUUUUUACUUUGACGACAAUGAAGAGCUUUUUGCGAUAGACACUUGGAUGUAUAUGACAUGGCAUGACUCAAGAUUUAUGUGGAAUCCAGAAGAUUACGACGGAAUAGAUAGAAUCACAAUGAACUCAGUUCACAUGUGGACACCACUACCAUUCUUGUAUCAUAAGGAAGAUUUCUAUGAAUAUGAAUCAUUUUAUUAUCCCGUACGUUGUGGUAUUAUAAGUGCUGGUAUUGUUACUUGCAUACCUCGCGACACCUAUACUGUUCUUUGUAAGACGACAUUGGACAACUGGCCAUUUGAUGAACAGAAUUGCUCAAUUAAACUUGGGAUCAGAGAGGGCGUAAAAGAUAACAUAACCUUUGUAUCCGCGACGAGUGGAGCAUAUGUAUCUGGAUCAUACAACGCUUACGGGUGGAAUAUUAUCGAUUAUGAAAUCGUGAACAACCUUACAGGGAACAUUAAGCUAUCUCUGAAUUUCAUAACUGAAAGGCAAGCACAUGGAAUUGCAGCUAUGGUAAUCGCUCCAUCAAUCAUCUUGGCAGUAUUGUCUAUGUCUUCACUCCUCUUAGAUGUUAAGAACAACGUUCGUUUGGCUCUCGCUUCGUUCAGCCUGCUUUGUAAUUUUCAAUUAUUAGACAUUAUUUCAGAGAUAUUACCUCAUCAUGGCUCGGACUCUCCGACGAUUUUAUUAUUUAUUCGAUCAUCGGUUUUUAUUUCUACUUGCUCUAUAGGCUUAUGUUUAAUUUUAAGGCUAUUACGAGGUUUGAGAAAUCAACCACAUCGGUGGAUCAUAACCGUUAAUAAUUAUGUAUUGAAAAGUCGUUUAAAAAUUGUAUUGUUUUUAAAAUACCAAACAUUAUCAGACUUAUCAGCUGUUGGUGAAACAGCUUUAGAGGGAUGGUCUGUUUUUACUUGUAUAAUUAAUAAUGUUUAUAUUAUCAUUACUCUCAUUAUAUAUUUAAUCUUAUUUAUAGUUUAUAUACCUCGACCACAACAUCUUAAGCAAUUACCUAAAUAAAAAAUUACCAUGUAAAACA